AUGCAGCUCGUCAAGACCGUCUCCGUCUUGGCCCUGGCCACCGGUGCUGUUGUCGCCAUGCCCGCCAAUGUUGAAAAGGCCGCCCUCGCCAAACGUCAAUGGUGGGGAGGAAACCGGUACUGGCAGCGUCCCAACCCGACCGCUGAAAUCACCGUCACUGGAUACGCUCCUGAGGCGACGGGCGCAUGGUACAGCGACGCAGCCACGUCCACCACCGCCCCGGCCACGACGGCUGCCCCAACCACCACGAGUGACAUUGUUGUGAGCGCAACCCCGGUCACCGACAGCAACUUUGGCAACUACGGCGGCUACUACAACAGACCGCAAGACAACAACACCCCAUCCCAAGCGCCCCCGGCUCCUAGCUCACCUCCCCAGAGCCCGUCCGCGUCUCCAUCAGCCCCGGCAGCGACCAAUGCUCCUUCCUCCGGCUCGUCCGGGGGCCAGGGCGACUACAUGUCAGUUGUGUCCAAGUGGCGCAGCGCUGGUGGUCUUUCUGCUCUCUCUCAAGACAGCAAGCUCGAGGCCAACGCCUUGAAGACCAGCACCGACAGCGUGGGCGGCUUGAAACACGAAUUGAACCCAGGCACCAUGGCUCAAGUCCUGGCCCCCGGCGACCUCAGCAACUUCGAGAGCGUCUACGUCGGUGGAUGGCUCUGCGAGAUCCCCUCGCUCCCUGGCCUGAACGGCAUCUGCUCCACCGCAGCUCAAGGAUGGGAUCACAGCAAUGGCGAGACCGGUCAUGCCGAGAUCUUGACAUCGUCAUCCUACUCGCGCAUCGGUUGCGCUCUUUCAUCCUCAACCGGUGUCUGGGCAUGCGACCUGGCUUAA